CAUGUCGGGAGCGAGAGACUGAGGGAAGGAGACACGGGAGAUGGGGGAUGUGAGGGCUAUGGGGAAGGGGACAUAGGAUCACAGAAUGGUAGAGUUGGAAGGGACCUUUAGAGAUCAUCCAGCCCAACCCCCUGCAGAAGCAGCUCCCACCUAGAUCAGGUCACACAGGAACGUGUCCAGGAGAAGGAGAUGAGGCACCAUGUCUGAGGGCAGCAAGAGAAACUCUCUGGCCUUUGGCCAGGUGGUGAUCGGGCCACCAGGCUCCGGCAAGACCACGUACUGCCAGGGCAUGAGGGAGUUCCUGAGCAGGCUGGGCAGGGACGUGGCUGUGAUCAACCUGGACCCUGCCAACGAGGUGCUGCCCUACCCCUGUGCCCUGGACAUUGCUGAGCUCAUCACCCUGCCCGAUGUGAUGGAGAGCUUGAAGCUGGGGCCCAACGGGGGCUUGAUCUACUGCAUGGAGUACCUGGAGGCCAACUGUGACUGGCUGCAGGAGAAGCUGGCAGCGUUCAAGGGGCACUACUGUCUGUUUGACUGCCCAGGGCAGGUUGAGCUCUACACUCACCACAGUGCCCUGAAGAAUGUCUUUGCACAGUUGGCUAAGUGGAAUUUCAGGCUGGCUGCUGUGCACUUGGUGGAUUCACACUACUGCACAGACCCUGGGAAGUUCAUCUCUGUGCUCUGCACCUCUCUCUGCACCAUGCUGCACGUGGAGCUGCCCCACGUCAAUGUCCUCUCCAAGAUGGACCUGAUGGAGCAGUAUGGCAAGCUGGCUUUCAACCUGGACUAUUACACUGAGGUCCUGGACCUCUCGUACUUGGUUGAUCAUUUGGCUUCUGACCCCUUCUUCAGAAACUACCGCCGCCUCAACGAGAAGCUGGUGGGAGUGAUCGAGGACUACAGCCUGGUGUCCUUCCUCCCCCUCAAUGUGCAGGACAAGGAGAGUGUGCGGCGGGUGCUGCAGGCGGUGGACAAGGCCAACGGCUGCUCCUUUGGGGACCACGAGCUCAGGAACCUGGAAGCUCUGAUGUCAGCAGCAGUUGGGGCCGAUUUCCACUUCACUUCCACACUUGCAGUGCAGGAGAAGUAUGUGCAAUCUCAGGACAAAGCGCUGGAAGAAGAAGUGAUGGAUCUCUAACACCCCCACCUCUUCCACCUCUCUGUUUUGGCACCUCUCCUGCUGCCAGGAGCUGAAGGAUCAGAGCAGGUGAGAGGCUGCUGCUGGGCUCCCUCUCCCUCAGGGGUUCUCCCUCAGCAGCUUUGGCCUCUCCUUGGCAACUGGGGGAUUUCACCAGGUGAAGGCACAGUUAGAAAGGGCACAGGGGGCCUGACCUUUCCCCCAGGAUGACCAGGAUAGAGCCAGAGAAAGGAAAAUCAGUUGUAGCUGUCUCUUCUGCAGGGAGUCAAAAGCUCAGGGUGUUGUGUGGCGCAUGGGGCUGGAGCUCAGAGGAGGCUCCAGGCUGAGGAGCCCCUGCUCUGCCUCAGGCAGGACAGAAAGCUGCUCAGGUUCUUGCUUUUUUAAAACAACACUGGGCUCUUUCUGAAUAAAACACACCCUUGUCUCA